CGGCUUUUGGCGGCCCUUUUUCCCCUCUUAGCGCUCGCUGGCCGUAGCCCGCGUCCCGCUUCCCUCUGCUGCCGCCCAGCUCCCGGGUCAGCCGACGCCAUGGGCUUUGGAGACCUCAGAAGCCCGUCCGGCCUCCAGGUGCUCAACAACUACCUGGCGGACAAGAGCUACAUCGAGGGGUACGUGCCGUCCCAGGCAGACGUGGCCGUGUUCGAAGCCGUGUCCGGCCCGCCGCCCGCCGACCUGUGCCAUGCGCUGCGCUGGUACAAUCACAUCAAGUCCUACGAGAAGGAGAAGGCCAGCCUGCCUGGAGUGAAGAAAGCUUUGGGCAAGUACGGCCCUGCUAACGUGGAAGACACCACGGGAAGCGGAGCUGCCGACAGCAAAGACGACGAUGACGACAUUGACCUCUUCGGGUCUGACGACGAGGAGGAAAGCGAAGAAGCAAAGAGGCUAAGAGAAGAACGCCUUGCACAGUAUGAAUCAAAGAAAGCCAAAAAACCUGCACUUGUUGCCAAGUCUUCCAUCUUAUUAGAUGUGAAACCUUGGGAUGAUGAGACGGACAUGGCAAAACUAGAGGAGUGUGUCAGGAGCAUUCAGGCAGACGGCCUUGUCUGGGGCUCUUCUAAACUGGUUCCAGUGGGGUAUGGAAUUAAAAAGCUUCAAAUACAGUGUGUAGUGGAAGACGAUAAAGUUGGAACAGACAUGCUGGAGGAGCAGAUCACUGCUUUUGAGGACUAUGUGCAGUCCAUGGACGUGGCUGCUUUCAACAAGAUCUAAAAUCCAUCCUGAAUCCGUGCCCUUAAAUAAAAGCUUGAAAGAGAA